GGCAGUUGAUGACAGAAGAUACGCGUGUAUAUAUCUGGCAACCCAUUGAUUGUAUACGCUGUGCACAUUAGUCAUCUGGCUAGCUUUCUUACGGAGGAUCGGGUAUAGGGUUUCCAUACGGGAUCAAUAGUAAUACAUCACGGCUCGCCGUUUGGAUGUCUGCCUAUACUCGAGGUCGAUGAAAGGGUUAUCGGGCAAAGUAACUCGCUCUGUCGAUACCUGGGGUGGGAGUUUGGAUUCAUGGGCAAUAGCAACUGGGAGAUAGGGAAGAUCGACGAGACAACAGAAAAUAUCAAAGAUAUGAAUGAACUAACGGGCAAGCUUUUCUUUCACAAGGAUGGCGAUACAAAGGCCGAACUACAGAAGAAAGCCGAAGACAUGGUAGCAAAAACUCUCAAAUGGCUAGAUUCUCAACUGAGGGAAAAUGGCACGCACGGGUUUCUCGUUGGGAAAAACCUUUCCGUGGCGGAUAUUACUUCAUACAACGCGCUCAGCUGUCUUAUCGAAAAUGGCUUCGCUUCGUCUGUGGAAGGCUAUCCUGUUUUAAAAGCCCACACGGACAGGAUCAGCAAUAUACCUGCUAUCAAACGGUGGGUCAACAGCCGCCCAAAGACGCCAUUCUAAGCCCAACGUCUGGUUUUUAAUGCUGUAUUGGGUAUAAACGUCAAGCCAUCGAACGAUUAAUGCAUCAAUUCGAUUUACGAAAUUCGCCAGCAGCGCGUGACAUCAACAGUAUAAUAGAUUAAAAGAUGACAUUAUAGUUUCCAUGUAGACAGCCGAUUUCGGUCCCCUUGCCGCAACUCUACAAACUGCCUCGUCUUUACAAUGUAUAUAUAUGGUACAAAGAUCAGGGCUAGAAUUAAGCCGGCAAAAUGAAUUAGGUCGUAUUAUGUGGAUUUCUUAUUGUUGUCAGUAGCUGGUCGCCAAUAGCUAGAGUAUUAUUGUAGCUUACGUGGUUAUUGUGCCUAAGGAGGAUGGUGUGAUGAUAUUAAGCACAAAUCGGAUCUAAAUAAUGACCCACGAAACUACAACGUGUCACGCAAA